CCUCCAAAUCACGCGAUUCAGGUGUUCAAAUCCCCUCCAAAUCACGCGAUUCAGGUGUUCAAAUCCCCUCCAAAUCAUGUGAUUCAGGUGUUCCAAUCCCCUCCAAAUCACGUGAUUCAGGUGUUCCAAUCCCCUCCAAAUCAUGUGAUUCAGGUGUUCCAAUCCCCUCCAAAUCACGCGAUUCAGGUGUUCCAAUCCCCUCCCAAUCAUGUGAUUCAGGUGUUCCAAUCCCCUCCAAAUCAUGUCAUUCAGGUGUUCCAAUCCCCUCCAUAUCAUGUGAUCCAGGUGUUCCAAUCCCCUCCCAAUCAUGUGAUUCAGGUGUUCCAAUCCCCUCCCAAUCAUGUGAUUCAGGUGUUCCAAUCCCCUCCCAAUCAUGUCAUUCAGGUGUUCCAAUCCCCUCCCAAUCAUGUGAUUCAGGUGUUCCAAUCCCCUCCCAAUCAUGUCAUUCAGGUGUUCCAAUCCCCUCCCAAUCAUGUGAUUCAGGUGUUCCAAUCCCCUCCAUAUCAUGUGAUUCAGGUGCUCCAAUCCCCUUCCAAUCAU